AUGGCCGCUGCCGUGGAAAACUACAUUGACACCUCAGUUCACGAGGAGUCUGUUACCACUGAGACAGUGACUGAAUUUGUUGAGGUUGUCGAAAAAGAAACUGAUCAUGUAGGGAGUACCGAAAAAAAUCCAGAUGAUGAACAAAACGAGGAUGAUGACAAACAUAGUGAUCCUUUGACUCCGCCGAAAAGCCCAACGGUGAAACCAGAGAAAAAAUCUGCGAUAGCGACGCCCAAUGGGAAAAUCACUGCUAAAGGUGUCAAAACUCCAACAAAGACUACACCAUCUUCCAUUAAGACAGGAUUAACUAAAAAAAGCAGCACCACCACUACUACAACUACAAGCGCUACCGCCAAAACCACUACUGAUGCUGGUGCACGUACACGUCGAUUGUCCAAUUCCUCCGUUUCAUCAGUUUCAUCAUCAGUUGCACGAUCGCCUACUCUGCCUAAAUCUCGUACAACUAGUAAUGCUACAAGUGUUAGUUCCGCUACCAAAUCUGCAAUUGCAGCAAAAGCUGCCGCUUCAUCUAAAGUGUCCCCGACUGCUGCUAAAUCAGGUGCAACUUUAGGCCGAUCCAACACUACAGCAACAUCAAAAACCUUAAAGACCGCAACAUCUUCGCUCACGAAACCUAAUGCUUCAAGAGUGGGGACUCCAGCUGCUUCUAGAGGUGUGUCCCCUGCUGCUUCCAGAUCUACUUCUCCUACACGCCAAGCUUCAAAAACAGGGGCGACUGGUCUUAAAAGGAGUUCUACUACUACCGCUGCUUCUAGUGCUGCAAAGAAAACACCGUCAUCUGUUUCUCCCGCAAAAACAAAAUCAUCUGUCGCUCCAACUACCACAGCUACUAAAAUCGCUGCGGCAUCAUCAACAGCAACAAAAACUGCUACUGCUUCCGCUACUGCAAAUGGUGUCACUUCGAAAGCCGUCUCUGCGGCCGAGAUUAAUGAAUUUAAAGAAAAGAACGAAGAACUUACGCGAUUACUCGAGGAAAAGGAAACUCUCUUAAAACAACUUGAAGAAGAAUUAAGUGAACUGAAAAAGAAAGUAGAGAAAGAUAAUAAUGAUGCAUCAGUCGCAUCGGAAAAGCUUUCUCAGCAAUUAGAAGAAUUGAAAAAAGCACAUGAAGAGGAAAAUUUGAAACUUCAAAUUGACCGGGAAGAAGCAGUUCUUGCAAAAGAGGCUGAGAUCGAUUUGCUCAAAAAGGAAGUGUAUUCAUUAAAAGGCGAUAUAGUGACUAUCAAGAAAGAUUAUGAAGAGAAACUUGGUCGGAUCCAAGAUGAACUCGUAUCUCAACUUAAGGUUGAACACGAACGACAACUUGAAGAUCUUAAAACUGCACAUAUCACUAAAAUAACUGAGUUGUCUCAAAAAGUUCAAGGAACUGAAGGUGCUGUUCAGGAACUAGAAAAAUUACGAACUGAACUUGAAACAGCAAAGAAAAAUCACGAGCAACAACUUGAGGCGCUUAAAAAUAAGCAUUCGUCUGAACUGGAAUCGUUGCAUGCCAUGCAUGAAGAAGCAAUCGAACAAGAACGGGAACAAGCGAAACAGGAAUAUACGUCUACACAGCGUGAAGCUGUUGGUGAAAUUGAAAUUGCCAUGCAAGCUCUAAUAGUGAAACAUUCCGACGAAUUAAAUGAACUUCACUCCGCCCACGCAGCUGCAUUACAAAAACUCCAAGAGGAACGUGACGAAAUGAUCGAAAAAGCAAAGAAUGAGCUUUACUCGACCUUGAAUCAUCAACACAAUCGUGAGAUGGAAGCUCUUGAAAAAACGCAUUCCGAUGAGUUGAAAUCGAUAAAAUCGAAUUUGGAAUCUAAACAUGAUGCUGUGAUUCAAGAAAUGGCUGUGCUCAACGCCAAACACUCCCAAGACAUGGAAGUUAUUAAAAAUGCGCAUGCCCAACAACUUGAGCUUCUGCAAUCAUCAUCUAAUGAGGAGCUUUUGCAAAAAUAUGAAAAACAAAUUUCCGAGCUCAAACUCAAGCAUGAAGCUGAUUUGGAACAGAUUGAAAAAUCGAAGCAAGAGUUGGAGAAAUCUUUGAAUGAAAAAUACGAUAUUGAAAAGGCUAACCUUGAGAAAGCAAAUGCUGAAGAGUUAGACUCGAUUAAAGAGAAAUUGGAAUCUUCAAAUAAUAGUUUAAUUGAAGAAAUUUCUCAAAAACACGCGCAAGAAUUGGAAGCUCUGCGAAAUUCUCAUUCUCAACAAAUCGAACUUCUCAAAUCAGCUUCCAACGAAGAAAUAGUUCAAAAUUACGAAAAACAAAUAGCCGAACUUAAAUCACAGCACGCCUCCGAACUAAAUCUGUCCGAAAGCUCAAAGGCAGAGUUAAUCGAAAAGGCAAAAGCAGAAAUUCGUGAUUCUCUUAUUAAUCAACAUCAUCUCGAAUUGGAAGGUCUUGAAAAAAUGCAUACGGCAGAACUUAAUAACAUCCAAGCGAACCUUGAGUCUAAAUAUGAUAAAAUGAUUCAAGAAUUAAAUGCUAAACAUUCCCAGGAAGUCGAAGCACUUCAAAAUAAUCACACUCAGCAAGCUGAAUUGCUUAAAUCAUCUUUCGAUGAAAAACUCGUACAAAACUAUGAAAAUCAAAUUAGUGAACUUAAAAAACAACAUGAAGCCGCAUUGUUAGAAAUAAGAGAGUCGACCGAGAGUAGCUUAAACGAAAAACAAAGUGAAAUUGCUGAUUUAGCAGCUAAACACGAAGCUACUUUAUUAUCGCUUAAAGAGACAACUGAGAAUGCGUUGAAUGAAAGACACAAAAGUGAAAUUGCUAAUUUGAUAUCUGAGCAUGAAUUUAAACUAACAGAACUCGAAUCGAUUAACGAAAAUUAUAAUUGGGAAAUCAGUAAACUUCAACAAAAACACGAUUCCUUACUCGAAGAAUUAAAGCAAACACACGAGUCACAUCAAAAGGAAUUGUCUGCUCUCGAAGAAAAAUACGAGCGUCAAAUAUUAGAACUGAAAUCACAACAUGAAUCUUUACUAAAAGAAUUAGAAGCUAAUAAUGAAAAGCUUCAGAGUGAAAUCGAUGAACUUCGAUCAGAUCACAAAAAUGCAAUCGGUCAAUUAAAUUCAACCCGUGAAGUUAAUGAAAGUAAAUAUGUUGAAAUACAAUCGCAGCAUGAGUCUAUACUUUCUAAGGCACUCGAGAGUGAUCAUCAGAAAGAAUUAGAAAAAGUAAUCGCCAAUUUGAAAGCCACUAUUGAUUCUCAGAAUACAGAACAAGAGAAAUUACGUAGUCAACUUGCUGCUUCCAGGAAAGAUAACAAGAAUUUCGAAGAACAACUUCAAGCAAGUUUAACUGCAGAAUUUACCGAGCAUAUUAAUACGCUUACUAAGCAACACGUCGAGGAAGUCGAAAAGUUGAAAGCGAAGAUUGAAGAGAACAAAUCAACCCAGAAUGAUUCAAAAUUAAUUGAACGUCAUGAAGCUGAGAUAGAGACUCUUAGAAAGUCUCACGCAAAAUUAAUUGAAACUAUUGAGCAAAAACACGCAGAGAAGGUUCAGAAAUUGCAGGAAGAAGCAGAUGCUAAAGGAAUGCAAUUAGAGGAACUAAACAAACGCGUCAAGAAUAUGAGUAAUAAUGGGGGACCAUCUGCAAAAGACCUUGAAGCUCUUCAUCAAGCUCACAGUGCGAAAAUUGCCGAAUUAGAAAGUGCGCAUCAGCUUGCUCUUGAAGAACGAGAAGCGAAGUUAAAGAACACUACGAUGGAAUUAAAAUGGCUAGAAGAAGAAAACGAUCAACAAGACAACAAGAUUGAUCUGCUUACCAAAGAGGUCGAAACAUUACGCGAAGUGAAGAGCGAAAAUGAACGAUUGAAGACCGAAAAUGAACAAAUGCUAGAGAUGAUUCGUCAGUUACAGGCAGACCGUAUUUUUGAAAUGUCGUUACAAGGCGAAGAUGUUGUUGUGAAAUUAGCUCUUCCACCUUCCUUCUACUCUCUUUCUUUGCCCUUCCCUCCUUAUCUCCAAACUAUUCUACCACCACCUUUCCAAAUUACAGCUAAACAGAAUAGUGAAGAGGAAUAG